AUGUCAGAAUUCGAUGAAGAUGACCCCGAAACCAUGAUUCCCUUGGUUGGGCUCAUGGCUGAGUUCUCCAAAGACAUUUUCCCAGAACUGCUUGAUGUCAAUGGUAAAACAAUCCAUAGACACUUGGCAUUUGGCAGAGGACCUCAUAUUGAAGAGACAGUACGGUUGGUGGAUCAAUGCAUGGGCCCGCUUUAUGUUUCUCAUAAGGGCAAGAACUGGAAGAACCAUAAGGCUGACGAGUUGAAGGAGAUUGGGCUUCUUUUUAUAUGGUAUUCAGUUGAAGGGCUGUCUGAAAUGUCUGCGUUGGUGGUGUGCAAGUUGGUCAGCGAACAGACGCUUUACCUUUACGAAAUCCAGGUUCACCCUGAUGUUCAGAAUAACCACUUGGGUUCUAAGCUUAUGGAUGGAUUUCAUAAGUUGGCGAAGAAGCUUGAUGAGACUUCGUUAAACGAUAAUACAGAGUUGGAUGAAACGCUUCGCUGGAACUGCACCACGGAAUAUACUGGCUUGACGGUGUUCCCAGAUAAUGAAAAGGCCCUUCGAUGGUAUAAGAGGUUGGGCUACGACCAUUCUCCAGGAUCUCCUAUAGAUAGAAAAACCCGCCUACGAGUCAUAAAGCCGGACUACUACGAGCUCGAGAGAGAGGUGAACUAA